UCCGGUGGAAAGUGGCAUUUAUGCUAAAAUCGAAGAGCGUCUCGCUUCGCUUGCCAAACGAGUCAUCGGAACGAAGCUAUUUCAGGCUGGCGCACAGUGGGGCAACAGCGGCCAAAAAUAGACAUGCCAUGACGAGAAAGAAAAGGAGCAACGAUGUGGAGAGAAGCGGAUGGUUAUCGUACCGACGCCUGUCGAUGCCCCCGAGGGGAACGAGUCGACCCAGCUAUUUCUACGCCUCCCCUGAUUAUACUUUCGGCAACACCAGGGAUGACUCUAGUCUGAACUAUCAUUAUGACUUCCGGGACCGCGAAAGGCAGCGUGAUUCGCCGUACAGAUACCGUAUGGCGAGCACGGUACCAUGGUUGCUGUCAAUGUCGCUACUGGCCGUCCCAAAAUUUGCGGCUUACACGGGUCCCAGUUUUCUAUCCAGGGAUCUUCAGGCACCCGCAUUGCCGUUGACUUCGGCCAUUUUCACUCCACAGUUCUUUUCGACGCAUAACAUCAAUUACAAAGAUUCCCCAUCUCCAUCGUCGGCUUACGAUGAACACGCCGGCUCGUCACGUUCACGGAAUUGCGAUAAUCACCAGCCGGAGGAAAAAUCACCGAUAUCCACGAACGUAGGCAAUCUUUACGGAUCGACGCCACAAUCACGGCAUCGCGUUGCUACAUCCAACAACUUGGGAAGAAGCGGCCCCUCGAGACCCGUUGGAAGAGCCAUCGAUUUGUUCCGCGCGGAUCCUCACUCGGUCAAUCAAUUGGACUUCCACGAUUUCGGCGACGGUUUCGAGCCGGGACGCAUUAUAGACGAUUACGUUGGUCCCGCUAUGGAACUAGUGUACGCCUGGUCCACGAUUGAUUUUGAAUUCGACAGUAUCGACGCGCGAGAUAAUGCUAUAUUCGAUGGCGACUAUAUUGCGGAGAAUAACUUGCCGUUGGGCCUGGAGGUUUGGCGCGAUAAAGUCUUCAUUACUCUGCCAAAGUGGAGGACUGGCAUACCGGCGACUCUGGCUACCGUACCCAGACAUUCCAAGACGAGGAGCCCCAAAUUAAAACCGUACCCUAACUGGCAGUGGCAUCAGCCAGGCACUUGCGAGAGUUUAACGUCAGUCUUUCGAGUUCAAGUGGACGAGUGCGAUCGGCUGUGGGUCCUCGACUCCGGCAAGACGGAGCUCGCCAAAAGAUCCAAACAGCUCUGUCCGCCCGCCAUAUUCAUCUUUGAUCUACGCACCGACACGCUCAUCAGGAAGUACACGCUGCCGGACGAGCAGAUCAAACAGGACUCCUUGUACAUCAACAUCGCGGUGGAUAUCAGAAACAAUGACUGCGGCUCCGCGGUGGCGUACCUGGCCGACGUCUGGCGAUACGGUAUCGUGGUAUACGACUUCUUCAAGGACUCCACCUUCAGAAUCGAGCAUCACUUCUUCUAUCCCGAUCCCCUGGCGUCCAGAUACGAGCUGCACGGUAUAAAGUUCCAAUGGACCGACGGAAUAUUCGGGAUAGCGCUCAGCCCCGUGGACGUUCACAACGACAGAACGCUGUUCUUCCAUCCGAUGUCCAGCUUCCGGGAGUUCGCCGUGUCCACGUCGGUCUUCGACAAACAAAACGGGGAAUACAACACGGAAAAAUUUAUGCCCGUCGGGAAGCCCAGAGCCAAGGAUUACGGCCAUGCCUCGGGGUCCGCCAUCGACAGGAACGGCGUCAUGUUCUUCAACAUGGUCACCAGGGACUCCGUGUGGUGCUGGGACACCAGGAAGGAAUACAUACCGCAGAAUCUGGGAGUGAUCGGGACUAGCAACGAGUCCUUGGUGUUCCCGAACGACAUUAAAGUGGAUCACGAGACGGAUCAAAGUGUGUGGCUGCUCUCAAACCGAUUGCCGAUGUAUUUGUACGGGACACUGAAUAGCGGGAGCGUUAAUUACAGAGUGUUCAAGGCGAACGUUAAGGAGGCUGUCAGGGAUACCGUCUGCGAUCCUAAUUACGUGGUUCCUGACACGGAUCCGGGCCUCGACGAUACUUGCUGAAAACGGGCCAUCGCUGUCUAUUCAUACACACCUCGUCAUAUUAAAUUAAUUUUCCAUAAUUUCAAUUACAGAUUUCUAAAUAUUAAAAUUUCUCUUAUUUUAAAGUCUAAGUAUUGAAGUCUUCAGCACUGAAUUAGCAUUAAACAUCGAAUUGUUCACGGAGACUUCUUUUCUUAGAUUAUUCCGUUUAUUUAUUGCAUUUUUGAUUAUCGCCAAUUGUAAACUAUGAUAAAUUGAACGGUUUAGUAGACAUACUUAUCACUGUACGAUAUUUAACACACGUUGUUUAGCACAAGCACGUUAUUUAAAUAUUCCUAUUACUGUAAGCAGUGCAAGUCUUCCGAGUUACCAAUGAUUAGACAAUUGUAUGUAA